UGGGUGUGCGGCCUGGCGCGCGUGUAACGGCCGUUAGUCAAGCUGAGAGACGCAACCGCCGCCUGAGGUAGACGUGGUGGCCGCUGGCAGUAUCCCUGAGUGAGGGAUUUCGUCACCAUCUUAUAGUCCGCUUAUUCCUUAAUUUUACAUGGCCAUGCAAGAGAAAUACCCACAUGAGAGGAUAUCUCAUGCUACUUCACCAGGUUCCAGUGUGAUUCAAAAAGGAAGUUCCUUGGGGACUGAAUGGCAGACCCCAGUUCUCACAGAGGCUUUUCGGAACCGCUUCAGCCGCUGUUCAAGUGUAGCUGACAGUGGGGACACGGCCAUUGGCACAUCAUGUUCAGACAUUGCAGAAGAUUUUUGCAGCUCAAGUGGCAGUCCUUCUUUUCAGACUAUUAAAAGCCACAUAACCAUUCCAACAGCCCAUGUGAUGCCUUCUACUUUGGGGACCUCACCUGCCAAGCCAAAUUCUAUACCUGCUGGAUCCUCUUCCUCCAAACUUCCUUUGUCAGGGUUGGCUGAAAGUGUGGGGAUGACAAGAAAUGGAGACUUUGGUGCAGUGAAACGUUCUCCAGGCCUGUCUAGAGAUCUCAUGUAUCUUUGUGGUGCUACAGAGGAAAAUGGCAUUGAGCAGUCUCGCUGGUUUCCAGCAGUGGGCCAUGAAAGAAAAGAAGAAAUGAGAAAGUUUGAUGUUCCUAGUGUGGAACCUACUGUCAAUCAGUCUGCCAUAAUUGAUACACUUUAUUCAGAUCCCCACUACCGAGUCCACUUCCACAAUUCAAGAACUGAACCAAACAAAGAGUUAUAUAAAGUAUUGCCUGAGACCAAGAAAGCACCAGGCAGUGGAGCAGUAUUUGAGAGGAAUGGACCACAUUCUAGCAGCAGUGGGGUGCUCCCUUUGGGACUCCAGCCUGCUCCUGGGCUUUCUAAACCUCUAUCCUCUCAAGUGUGGCAACCAAAUCCUGACCCUUGGAAUCCUCGAGAGCAAUCUUGUGAACUUAGUACUUGCCGACAGCAGCUAGAAUUAAUACGUUUACAGAUGGAGCAAAUGCAGCUUCAGAAUGGAGCCAUCUGCCAUCAUCCUGCUGCUUUUGCUCCUUUUCUGCCCACCAUAGAACCAGCACAGUGGAUCAGCAUCUUGAACAAUAAUGAGCACCUUCUGAAGGAGAAGGAACUUCUCAUUGACAAGCAGAGGAAACAUAUUUCUCAACUGGAGCAAAAAGUACGAGAGAGCGAACUACAAGUCCACAGUGCUCUUUUGGGUCACCCUCCCUUUGGGGAUGUCUGCUUGCUGAGGCUGCAGGAAUUGCAGCGAGAGAACGCUUUCUUACGUGCACAAUUUGCACAGAAGACAGAUGCCUUGAGCAAAGAAAAGAUGGAGCUUGAAAAGAAACUUUCCGCUUCAGAAGUUGAAGUCCAGGUCAUCAGAGAGUCUCUCAAAGUGACGCUACAUAAGCAUUCAGAGGAGGGGAAGAAACAGGAAGAAAGGGUCAAAGGUCGUGAUAAACAUAUCAAUAAUUUGAAAAAAAAAUGCCAGAAGGAAUCUGAGCAGAACCGUGAGAAGCAGCAGCAUAUUGAGACCUUGGAGCGUUACCUGGCUGACCUGCCUACACUAGAAGAUCAUGAGAAGCAAAGCCAGCAGCUUAAAGAUUCUGAGUUGAAGACCGCAAAGCUGCAAAACAGAGUGAUUGAGUUGGAGAGUUUGCUGGAGGAGACCCAGACAAUCUGCAGAGAGAAGGAGAUUCAGCUGGAAAGCCUGAGACAAAGAGAAGCAGAAUUCUCCACUAAACAUAACCUGCAAGAUAAGCAGUCUUUGGAAGAAGCUGGUGGAGAAGAUUCCAAAGUGGAAAUGGAGUCGCUACAGGAGGAAUGUGAUUCCCUCCGGAAGAUUGUGGAGAAGCAACAGCAGAAGAUGGAUCAGUUGCGCUUACAAGUACAGAACCUAGAGCAGGAAAUGUCUCAAGAAGAAGGAACAAGCCAGGCCCUGAAAGAAGAGGCCCAGCGGAGGGAGACAGCUCUGCAGCAGCUGCGUACAGCUGUGAAGGAGCUCUCAGUGCAAAACCAGGACCUGAUUGAGAAGAAUCUGACGCUGCAGGAACACCUGCGCCUGACCCAACAAAGGUCCCCAUCUUCAUCAGACACGGCCCAGCUAGCAUUUGAGCUGCACCAGGAGUUGGCCAGUUGCCUUCAAGAUCUGCAGGCUGUCUGCAGCAUUGUGACCCAGAGAGCCCAGGGCCACGACCCCAAUCUGUCCUUGCUCUUGGGCAUUCACUCCACACAGCACCUUGGAGAGACUCAGGCAGAUUUGCAGAAGCCAGAUGUGAUCAGAAGGAAACUAGAAGAGGUUCAACAACUGCGUCGGGACAUUGAAGACUUAAGGACCACCAUGUCAGACAGAUACGCCCAGGACAUGGGAGAAAACUGUGCUACACAGUGAGGAGUGCUGGGGGUGGACAGGCUGUAUUUCUGUUGGAGGACCUGAGCUGCUAAGAGCCUGGUGAGCAGGUUCAGCCCUGACAGUGUUUCUCCUGUCUGCUGCUGUUCCCAGAGAGGAGCCUGAGGGGUGGAGAGGGAAGAACCUGUGUCUGGGGACCAAGGACUAUUGAAAGGAGGAGUGUACUUACCCCCACCCUAUAAUGGCUUUUGCGUUCCUUGGUUAUGUUUGUACUCUUACCCUAAUUUACCUUUUGAGGGUGAGUUACUAACUUUUUCAGGUUCAACUGAUAAAUCUUUGCUGUUCCCAUUGAACAGUGGCUGACAUUGAAAGCACAUAAGCUACUUAUCUCUCCUUUCCAUCUUCCAGGUUGGGUCCACAGUCAUUCCCACUCCAUACUUUGGUCCUGCUGAUCCUAGAACUCAUUCAUUAGGCCUGGAAAGGCUGAGAUGAGUAGCAGUGACCAUUUGCAAAUUCUCAGGCCUCAUGUGCCACUCUUUCUGUGCAUUGGGCUAGCUUUUGGGAUUUUCUCAACACAGUCCCAAAGCUUCUUCCUCAGGGCUAUCAUUCUCACCCAGAAGCCUCAGGGUGACUAUUCAUUAGCAGAGUAGCCACUAGCAUUGGGCACCCAGAGAUUGCAGGUAGGGGGUCCUUAAUCUGUCUGCCAUGCCUUUUCUUAAUUCUAUGCCAUCCUUAUUAGAGAUCACUCUUCAGCUGCCUGUGUCCCUGGAAUACUGGCUGUGUGCUCAGUAUAGCAUCUUCCUUUGUGCUCAGGCCUUCCAGGUAACCCUUUCUUGGGCUUUGAGUGGAAGUUCUUCUCUCUGGUUCAGGGCUUAAUUAGAAUUUUUGCCCAGAAGGCCAGAGUAACUCAGGCUGCUCACCAUUUCCCCCUGGGACCUGUGCCAGGCCCUCCUAUGUCUGUCAUGUUUGGGGGAGUUCCUUCCCUUUCUUUUUUGGUCUCCAGCAGAGUUGAGGGUGCCCAGUGUGGGUCAGCUUUAAGAUAUAGCUUUUAGUGUUUCCUGAAGUUAGGUUUGGUUGGUUUGUUCUAAGGUCUUUGAACCAUCUGCUUUCUGGUUUUUCUUGUCUCCCGGUUUAGGGAGCAUCUCCCAGUUGUUAGCCAGGCUCACACCUCUAAAUCUGGAGGCAGGCCAGGCGGGAGCCAUGUUUGGGUUCUGGGGAGCAGAGCAGUUCCUGAGCCUGGAGACAUCCACAAGACUGGAAUAUUGGCAACAUCCCAGCCCUCACUCUGAAGCCUGAAUGAGCCUCCUUCUUAAGUGUUUUUUCAAGUUUAUGUUUUAUUUGUGGAGUGACUUAUCCCUUCCAUUCAGAGCAGCCCUGCCUGGCUGGCCACCCCCACAGCCUCUGGGCUCCUGCCUCUUAAAGCAGAGCUGCCUGGUUGGUCUCCACCCUGUGUUGGGAGCCAAGCCACCAUGCUCAGGGGUAUUUUUCCUUGUAAAGUUUAUAAACAGUUAUUUAUAUGAAUAUUUGUUAUGUCAACUGGUUUGUAUUGCCUAUUUUGAUUACAGAAUAAAAUAUUU